AUGGCAGAGAGUGACUGGGACACGGUGACGGUCCUGCGCAAGAAGGGCCCCAGCGCCGCUCAGGCCAAAUCCAAGCAGGCUGUCCUGGCUGCUCAAAGAAGAGGGGAAGAUGUGGAAACCUCCAAAAAAUGGGCAGCAGGCCAAAACAAGCAGCAUUCAAUCACCAAGAACACAGCCAAACUGGACCGGGAGACAGAGGAGCUACACCACGACCGGGUCCCCCUGGAAGUGGGUAAAGUGAUUCAGCAAGGCAGGCAAAGCAAGGGGCUGACCCAGAAAGACUUGGCCACUAAAAUCAACGAGAAGCCCCAGGUCAUCGCCGACUACGAAUCUGGGAGGGCCAUCCCCAAUAACCAGGUGCUGGGCAAGAUUGAAAGAGCCAUCGGUCUGAAGCUUCGCGGGAGGGACAUUGGCAAACCCCUCGAGAAGGCCCCAAAGGGGAAGUGA